GAUGCGUCAGGCGCCACGUCUGCAGCGGCCGCAGAUUGAAGUGUGAGCCAGCCGAGCAGCGGAGGGAGAUCCGUCACCGGGGCUGUAAAAAGGCCAGUCAUCGGGGGAGAGAGGUGGAACGGAGCCGGCACCAUGAAUCAGACACAGCAAUCAGAAGAAGAGGUUCCUGCUUAUCUACGGGAGGAGGCACCAGAGGACUCUGUCAAGGACCACCCUCAGCAACAGCCUGGAAUGAUCUCUCGCGUAACAGGGGGCAUCUUUAGCAUCACCAAAGGAGCAGUUGGCGCCACCAUUGGCGGAGUCGCCUGGAUCGGAGGCAAAAGCUACGAGGUGACCAAAACAGCUGUCACAUCGGUACCCAGUAUAGGCGUAGGCAUCGUGAAAGGCGGCGUGUCAGUGGUCACCGGCAGCGUGGCCGCCGUAGGAUCAGCAGUCUCCAGUAAAGUCUCUGGAAAAAAGAAGGACAAAUCUGACUGAGCCAAUCGUGUUAUCUCUUAGAGGACUGUCCCUGCCGCGAUUUUGGUAUCUGUCGAAGAGCCAAGCCAACGCCACAUAAGACACUUGAUAUUGUAGCAGCGGUGCGGCUAAUCAAGCAAGCGGAUGGGAGCGCAGCAGUGGUACAGUGAACACGGAUUAUAACCCCGUUCACUGACACUGCGUUUCAAAUGUUACAUUUAUAUUACACCAAAUCAUGUGUUUGUAUCAUUCACAAAAAUAUUUUGAAUCUUUUUUUUUUUUUUUUUCUUUUGCUGGAAACGGUGACAUCCGCAAAGCCAUUUGUUUAGAGGAUAUUACGUCAGAUACUUUUUUUUUUUUCUUUUUCUUUUUUGCGUGUGUUUUUUGCUUAUUAUGUUAUCAAAAGUCACAGCACAUAGAUGUGUUUAUUAUGGUUAGCUGUUAGUAUUUCUUUUUUUCAUUUUGUGUUUGGCUAGGCCGAUGAAGCAAUACCAUGAUGUGUCGAUCCUUUGCAAAUUUCCUUCAUGGUUUACCGAGUCAGUGCAAUUGUAUUGGUAGAUGGUGGAAUAGAAGAGUCGCUAUGGUAUAAAUAGAGGUGGAACUCUUAUAGUAGUCCUCUUUGUUUGUUUGUCCAAGAAUUUCAAAUGCUGUUCCCCCUCCGUAUAUUUGUUCCAUAAUACAUGUUCUAUUUUGUGCUAGGUAACUGCUGGUGUUUUACGGAUCUCUUCAUUUAUUGGCUUGCAUCCCAGCUGAGGAUG